AUGUUCUUUCUUUCUUUCUUUCUUUCUUUCUUUCGUCAUUUCUUUCUUUCGGCUCUUUUCUUUCUUUCUUUCUUUCUCUUGCUAUUUCUUUUUUUCUCCUUUUCUUUUUCUAGCAUCUACUUCUUCCUAUUCUUUGUCUUAUUUAUCUUCUACGUAUUAUUUUGUCUUCUUCUUCUUCUUCUCCUACUUCUUCUUCGUCUUUCUUCUUCUUCUUCUUCGUCUUUCUUCUUCUUCUUAUACUUUUUUCUUCUCGUCCCCCGUUGCCUUUCUUUCUUUAUUUCUUUCUUUCUUUCUUUCUUUAGUUCUUCUUCUUCUUCUUCUUCUUCUUCUUCUUCUUCUUUAUUUUCUUCUUCUUCUUCGUCUUUCUUCUUUUUCUUCUUCUUCUUAUACGUUUUUCUUCUCGUCCCCCGUUGUCUUUCUUUCUUUCUUUCUUUCUUUCUUUCUUUCUUUCUUUCUUUCUUUCUUCUUCUUCUUCCUCUUCUUCUUCUUUUUAUACGUUUUUCUUCUCGUUCCCCGUUUUAUGCUUCUUCUACCUCUUAUUUUUUCAUCUUCUCCUUCUACGUCUUAUUUCGUCUUUCUUCUUCUUCUUCGUCUUUCUUCUUCUUCUUCUUCUUCUUCUUCUUCUUCUUCUUCUUAUACGUUUUUCUUCUCGUCCCCCGUUUUCUUUCUUUCUUUCUUUCUUUCUUUCUUUCUUCUUCUUCCUCUACUUCUUCUUUUUUUUAUACGUUUUUCUUCUCGUUCCCCUUUUCUAUUAUUAUGCCUUUUCCAAUUUCUCUUCAGUCCUUUGUUUCUCGUCUUCUUUUUCCGUGUGUAUAUAUUUUGACCCAUCCGUUUGUGCUUCUGAUAUCAAUUCUAUUCUUUGUAAUAUUCUCCCCUCCUUUCUUUUCCAUUCUAUCAUUUUCGGCAGAACGGCCCCUUCCUUCUUUCUUUCUUUUUAUUCGCUUCUUUAUUUCCCGUACUGCCAUCUUUUCACUCUUAUAUUCUACCAUUUUUUUUUGUUUUUAUCCCUUCUUCCUUACAUCUGAUCGCGUUUUUCUACUUAUCGUCAUUCCGUCCGAUCUUCUUUCUGCUUCUUCAAAUUGCUUUUCAAUCCAUCUUUUCUUCCUAACUUUAUUUUGUUCGUCGCCCCUUCUUGCCUUCCUCUCUUCCUUUCUUCUUACCUUCCUUCCUUCCUUCCUUCCUUCCUACCUUCAUUCCUUCCUCACUUCCUUCCUAGCUUCCUUAUUCCCUUCUUUCCUUCCGUACUCCCUUCCUUCUUUACUCCCUUCCAUCCUACCUUCCUUAUUCGCUUCCUUCCUUCCUUCCUUCCUUCCUUCCUUCCUUCCUUAUUCCCAUCCUUCCUUCUUUUUUUCCUUACUCCUAUCCUUCCUUCCUUCCUUCCUUCCUUCCUUCCUUCCUUCCUUACUCACAUCCUUCCUUCCUUCCUUCCUUCAUUCCUUCUUACCUUCUUUACUCCCAUCCUUCUCUCUUCCUCUCUUCCUUUCUUCUUACCUUCCUUCCUACCUUCCUUCAUUCCUUCUUUCCUUCCUUCCUAGCUUCCUGAUUCCCUUCUUUCCUUCCUUACUCCCUUCCUUCCUUACUCACUUCCUUCUGUCCUACCUUCCUUAUUCCUUUCCUUCCUUCCUUUCUUCCUCCCUUUCUUAUUCCCAUCCUUCCUUCUUUCUUUCCUUACUCCUAUCCUUCCUUCCUACCUUCCUUACUCACUUCUUCCUUCCAUCCUUCUAUCCUUACUCCCUUCCUUCCUUCCUACCUUAUUCCCGUUCUUCCUUCCUUCCUUUCUUCCUUAUUUCCCUACUCCCAUCCUUCCUUCCUACCUUCCGUACUCCCUUCUUUCCUUUCUUUUUCCUUGCUUACUCCUAUCCUUCCUUCUUACCUUCCUUACUCCCUUCCUUCUUUACUACCUGCCUUCCUUCCUUACUCCCAUCCUUCCUUCCUUCCUUACUCCCUUCCUUCCUUACUCCCAUCCUUCCUUCCUUUCUACCUUCCUACCUUCUUUACUCCCUUGCUUCCUUCCUUACUACCUUCCUUCCUACCUUCCUUACUCUCUUCCUCCCUUCCAUUCUCCCAUUCUUCCUUCCUUCCUUCCUUACUACCUUCUUUCCUUCCUUCCUUCGUUACUCCCAUCCUUCCUUCCUUCCUUCCUUCCUUCCUUACUCCUUCCUUCCUUCCUUCCUUCCUUCCUUGCUUACUCCCUUCCUUCCUUCCUUCCUACCUUCUUUACACCCUUCCUUCCUUCCUUCCUACCUUACCACCUUCCUUCCUACCUUCCUUACUCUCUUCCUCCCUUCCAUACUCCCUUUCUUCCGUCCUUCCUUCCUUACUACCUUCUUUCCUUCCUUCCUUACUCCCAUUCUUCCUUCCUUCAUCACUCACAUCCUUCCUUCCUUACUUACUACCUUCUUUCCUUCCUUUCUUCCUUACUCCCCUUUUUCCUUCCUUCCUACCUUCCUUAUUCCUUUCUUUCCUCUCUUACUCCCUUCCCUCCAUUCCUUACUCCCUUCCUUCCUUCUUUCGUACAUUUUCUUUCCAACUCUUUCUUUGUUUCAUUUUUCAUUAGAAGCAUAUCAUUUCCUUGUAUUCAAUUUUCUUUCCCUUCAUUAA